AUGGUGGACGGCCCCGACGGGCUAGAGAUAGACGGUAACAUGUUCCUUCACAACGCACGUGACUGGACAAUACUGCAUGACCUAAGCCGAGUCCGCACUCGCCGCAGAGCUUGUCAAAAGCCUCGUCGCAAAAGGUCUGGUGGACGUCGGCGCAGCCAUGAGGGACAGGAUAGAGCCGUUAGCGACAGCGUGCGACGUGGGGCAAUUCAGAAUCGCCAUCGCCCUCUUGGAGCCAGGCGCCGACUGCCACACGCGCAUCCCAGGCCGGUCGUCCAACACAACACUCCACGGGACGCCUACUACGAGAUGGGUACCGCGCCUCUCGAUUUCGAGGUCCUGGCCGAGCUAGCCACCCUGCUGAUCCAGAAGGGCCUCGACGUUGACGCGAAGGACGGCCAUGGCCGGACCGCGCUGCACAUCGCGGCCAAGUUGGGCGAUUCGGGGAUUGUUAAAGCUCUUCUGGAUGAAGGAGCAUCGCCAGCGCUCCCGGACGGCGCAGGCAGGAUGGCGAUUGAUAUUGCCAAGAUGCAAAGCCGCCGCUUGAAGUCCAGCACGUGGUUGUCACUCCCCGGACUUUCGCCGGAAACAGAGUCCCCCAGCGACGAGGACGAAGGUUUUGUCCCGCGGCGGUUUAUCGGACUCCUCCGUGCCACGGGGCAGGCCGGCGUCUUGACAGACCAGGCGGGGAGACGUGCAUUCUACAGAAGGGUUGUUUGGUGCCCCGAGAGUGCCGUGAGAUGGGGACGGAGGCUGUGGAUUGCAACCGAGGGCGCCACGACAGUCAUGCAGCUGAACGGAGAAGGCUUCGUGCGGAGAGAUCCUAGACUUGUUGACGUUGACCUCGAGACGGUGGCGGCCAUGUUCUGGACAACGACGGGCCAUCCGAGGAUCAUAUGCCAGCUCAAAACGUGCAUCCAGGAAAACAGCAAGCUCCAGAAUGAUAUCGUCCGAGUCCAGUUUGACAGCACGCCAGACAUGGCCCGGUUUGUUGAGUUCUGCCUGCCUCGAGUGCUCGCGAGAGAGCCUUGCUCCCAGGCCUGGAUUAGACACAGAUGGACUAGGAGCUGGAUUUGA